AUGAAAAACUUAUCAGCAAUAUUCAUAAUUAUUGCUAUUUUUCACAUUUUGAAAUUUGCAUCAAGCUUAUCUAUCAGAGGUGGUCUAAAUAACGAAAAUACUGAAGAAAAGGCAAAUAAUAAUUUAAAGAGAAUACUUUAGAAAUGUGGAUAAUAUUGUAUUUGUGAUAAUCUUUAAGUUUCUGUUUGUGCUUCAUGCAAAUAUGCUAGUGAUGGUGAUAUUUAUUUUCCUGAUAAAAAAUAAUGUGAUUAUCCCUCUGUUUGCCAAUCCCCUUCUUCAACUAAGAACGGUAAUAUUUGUUGCCCUAAUUAUUGUAAAACGUGUAGUAGAAGCUAGGAUACCUAUAUUUGCUAAUAAUGUUAAAAUGGAUAUUUCUUAACCCCACCAAAUACAUGCACUAAAUGUGAUCCUAAUUGUUAAACAUGCUUAGAUUCUGCUAAAAACUGCACUUCUUGCCCUGCCGGUUAGUAUUUGUUUAUUGACAAUAAAUGCGGAAUUUGUGAUGUUAAUAACAAAUAUUACCUAGAUAAGUCAUAAAUUUGUCAAAAAUGUCACCAAACAUGCUAAAAAUGUAAUGGAUUAACAAGUUAAUCAUGCUCUACAUGUCCAUAAGGAAAUAAUUUAUUUCCAGAUAAUUCCUGUAAUUUUUGUGAUAUAAAUAAUGGCUAUUAUUUAGAUGAUAAGUCAGUUUGUUAAAAAUGUCAUUCUUCAUGCUAAACAUGUAAUGGAAGUUCCUAAAAUUAGUGUUUGAAAUGCCCAUAAGGUACAAAUUUAUAUCCAGAUUUUAGCUGUAAGUUUUGCGAUUUAUAAAAUAAAUAAUUUUUAGAUCUUAAAAGUAUUUGUUAAUAAUGUGAUAAUUCUUGUUAAACUUGUUAAGGUAAUUUAGAAACAUCAUGUCUAUCUUGCCCUCCAAAAACAAAUCUUUUUCCAGAUAAUAGAUGUAAAAUUUGUGAUACUAAUAAUCAAAAAUAUUUAGAUGAUAAAUAAAUAUGCAGAGAUUGCCAUUCAUCCUGUUUAACAUGUAAAGGAAGUAAAUCUACUGACUGCUUAAGUUGUCCUCCUAAUACUAACCUUUAUCCAGAUGGAUCAUGCAACAUUUGCUCAAUAAAAAAUAAGUAAUAUUUAGAUGAUUUAUAGAUAUGUAGAGAUUGUGAUCCUUCUUGUUAAACAUGUGAUGGUUAAGAAUCAAAUAAAUGCUUAACUUGUCCUUAAGGCUCUUAUCUAUACCCAGAUAAAUCGUGUAGGAAAACAUGUGAUACAAAGAAUUAAAUGUUUUUAGACUCUUAAAAUAUAUGUUAAGCAUGCGAUAUAACAUGCUAGACAUGUACUGAUAAAUCAAAAAACUCCUGCAAGACUUGCCCUAUUGGAAAAAAUAUGUUCCCAGAUAAUUCUUGUUAAUUUUGUGAUAUAAAUAAUUAAAAAUAUUUGGAUAAUCAAUAAAUUUGUAGAGAUUGUCAUCCUUCUUGCUAAACUUGUUAAGGUGAUUAAGCAAAUCAAUGUAUAUCAUGUCCUCCAAACACAAAUUUGUAUCCUGAUAAAACAUGUUAAAUAUGUGAUAUUAAUAAUAAGUAAUAUUUAGAUAAUAUGCAAAUAUGUUAAAAAUGCCAUAAUUCUUGCCAAACAUGCAAUGGACCUUAGGAAUUUAAUUGCUUAACCUGUCCAGAUGGAACUAAUUUAUACCCUGAUAAAACUUGCAGAAAAUGCUCUAUUUUCAACUAACAAUAUUUGGACUCAUAAAAUAUUUGCUAAAGUUGCCACAACUCGUGCUUGACUUGUAAAGAUUCUACUUUAAACGGUUGUUUAACAUGUAUUUCUAAUUUAAAAAUGUACCCUGAUAAUUCUUGUAAAAUUUGUGAUAUAGCAAAUUAAUAAUAUUUAGAUGACAAAUAAGUUUGCAGACAAUGUAGUAAGUCUUGUUUGACAUGUAGUGGCCCCUUAGAGACUUAGUGUUUAACCUGUAUUCCUGGAACUAAUCUUUACCCUGAUAGAUCUUGUAAAAAGUGUGAUCAACAGAAUAAACAAUUUCUUGACUCAAACUAAAUAUGCUAAAAUUGUGAUCCAUCUUGCUAAACGUGUGAUGGAACUAAAAGUAAUUAAUGCUUAAGCUGUCCAGAUGGAAAUAAUCUAUAUCCUAAUAAAUCCUGUAAUGUUUGUAAUAUUGACAAAAAGUAAUUUAUAGAUAAUAAAUAAAUAUGCUAAGAAUGUCAUGACAGUUGCUUAACUUGUAAUGGGACAACACAAAAAGAUUGCUUGACUUGUGAUACAAAUAAAUAUUUUAAUACUGAGCAUCUAUGCUAAAUUUGUGAUACCAAAAACUAACAAUAUUUAGAUUCUUUUAAAGUUUGUUAAUCCUGUCAUCCUUCUUGUCAAACAUGCGAUGGUUCAUCUAUGAAUUCUUGUCUAAGUUGUCCAAAUGAUUAAACUCUUUAUCCUGAUAAAUCUUGUAAAUUUUGCGAUACUUAAAAUAAACAAUUUGUUGAUGAUAAAAAAAUAUGUUAAUCAUGCCAUAAUAGUUGCUAAACAUGCAAUGAUGCUACUUUAAAUUCUUGCCUAAGCUGUCCAAAAGGUAAAUAUAUGUACCCAGAUAAUUCAUGCAAUGAUUGUAAUGUAUAAAAUCAAUACUUUAUUGAUAGUUCCUAAAUAUGCCAAAAAUGUCAUAGCUCAUGUUUAACCUGCAAUGGACCGCUUAGCAAUAACUGCACUUCUUGUUAAAAAGGGUUUUUUUUAGAUUAAAAAAAAACUUGUUAACCCUGCCAUUCUAGUUGUAGUACUUGCAAUGGUUAAACAGAAUAUGAUUGUCUUACUUGUGAAUAGGAUAAAUACAUUUUCCCAAACCAUUCCUGCAAAAUAUGCUAUACUGAUAACAAAUAUUAUUUAGAUGAGAACUUAAUUUGCUAGGAGUGUCAUUCUUCGUGUUUAACAUGUAGCGGAAACUCUGACUCUAAUUGUUUAAGUUGUCAAGAUGGAUUUUAUUUAGACAGUCUAAAGAAAUGUUAGCCAUGCCAUUCAUCAUGCUACACAUGCAAUGGACCUCUUAAAAUAAAUUGUAAAGUAUGCAAGACAGGAUUCAUUUUUUAUCCUGAUCGUAGCUGUGAUUUUUGUGAUACAUAAAAUAGAUACUUUAUAGAUGAUAAAAAUAUUUGUUAGAAGUGUAAUGAAAACUGUUAGACUUGUUCUGGAUCUUAAAAUACUGAAUGUUUGAAGUGCUUAAGUGGAAUGAAUUUCUUCUUUGAUCAUACAUGUAAUGUUUGCGAUACAAAUAAUGGUUAUUUUUUGGAUAAAAACUAAAUAUGCUAGAAAUGUCAUUUUUCAUGUAAGACCUGCACUGGUACUGAAAAUACUGAUUGUACUUAAUGCAAAUAAGGUUAUUCAGUCCAACCUGAUAAAACCUGUUAAGGAUGUGAUAUAGAUAACAAACACUACAUAGAUUCUUAGAAUCUAUGUAAAAAAUGUGAUGAUAGUUGCCAAAAAUGUAGUGGCCCUUCACCCUAAUAGUGUAUAUCAUGUUCAUAAGGAUUAGCUUUGUAUCCAAAUAAUUCAUGCAAAUUAUGCGAUUUAAAUGAUAGGUAGUUUAUAGAUUCUAACAAUAUUUGCUAAGACUGCCAUAGUUCAUGCAAAAAAUGUGUUGGUCCGCUUCCUACUUAAUGCUCUUAAUGUAAUUUAGGUCUAAGCUUUUCAGUUGAUAGCAGUUGCUAGAUAUGUCCUAUUUCCAACGGUUUUUAUGUAGAUUCUAAUAAUUACUGCUUAAGUUGUAGCUCUAAUUGUAAGUCUUGUCUUGGACCAGAUAAAAACUAGUGCAUAACUUGUAAAAGUGGAUACUCCUUGUUUCCUGAUAAAUCUUGUGAUGUAUGUAACAUUUAAAAUGGUUAUUUUAUAGAUAAUUAAAAUAAUUGUGUAAAAUGUCAUGAAACUUGCAUUAAAUGUAAUUCCAGUAUGGAAAAUGAUUGCAUAGAGUGCAAAUAAGGACUGAGCUUUCAAUAAGAUAAUACAUGUUAGGUAUGUGAUACUAAAAACAGAAAAUUUGUUGAUUCUAACAAUAGAUGCUAACUAUGCCAUUCUUCUUGCUAAACUUGUAGCAAUUCUCAGUCUAAUUCAUGUUUUAGUUGUUAGAGCCCUAGACAAUUAUUCAAUGGAAUAUGCAAUAUAUGCCAUUCUUCGUGUUUGCAAUGUAAAGGUGAAACUGAUUAAGAUUGUUUGAAAUGCUAACCAGGGUUUUAUUUCUUAGCUAAUGGGAAAUGCGGUAUAUGUCCAGAUGUUGGGUUUUAUAAAUUUGAAGGAAAAUGUAUGUAAUGUGAUUCGUCGUGUUCUACUUGCACUGGAUCUACAAAAUAUGAUUGUAUAAGCUGCUCUUAUCCCUAUUCAUAUUUUGAUGAGAGUCAUUAGUGUUUAAAAUGUCAUAACGAUUGUGAAUCUUGUUUUGGAAGUAAUAAAAACUAAUGUUCAAAGUGUCUAAAUAAAAAUCUUUUUAUCUCUCUGAAAAAUUAAAAUUGUGAAAUAUGCUAAGAAAAUGAAUUCAAUGAUGGAAUAAAAUGUAUUAAAUGUUUAGAUCAUUGCUAAACCUGUACAUCAUCAAAUACUUGCGAAAAAUGUGAAAAGGGUUACUUUUAUAAAGAAAAUUAAUGCCUAAAAUGUGAUUAAAGCUGUCUUUCUUGCUCUGAUCAUCUAAAAUGUGAUACUUGUGCUCCAAAUUUUAAACUUUAUGAUGGACUUUGCUUUAAUUGUAAAGAAGGCGAAUAUUUAGAUUUGGAUACAAAAUAAUGUGAAAUUUGCCAUUCAAAAUGUAAAUCAUGUUUUGGAAAAACUGAAACAAGUUGUAUUAAGUGUGCUAAUCCCUUGGAAUUCUUUGAUGAAGAUAAUUAUUGCGUUGAUAAAUGUAAAGAAGGUUACAUUAGAAAUCCUAAAGUAGAUAAGUGCUAAAAGUGUUUUUAUUUUAAGACUGAUAAAAAUAAAUUGUAAUGUGUCUUAGAUUGUCCAUUAGGUUAUUUCGCAGAUAGCACUAACAUCUGUUAAAAGUGUGGUCCUUUCUGUCUCAAGUGUUUAAACAAAGAUACAUGUUAAUAAUGUGAGCCAGGCUUAAGUCUUAUGAGUUAUUCUUAGAAGGUUUGUGUUAAGUGUAAGGCAGACGAAUAUGCAGAUGAAAAUAACACUUGCCAAAAAUGUUUAAUUUAAAAUUGUGAAACUUGCCAAAGCAAAACAAUUUGUUUAACUUGUGCAAAAACUUAUAAAAAUAAAUCUUACUAUUGUGAAUACGAUAAAAGGUAUGAUAACUACUCAUGUCUUCACGAAAAAAUAGAAUAAUGUGAGAAAGAAUUAGAACUAAUUACUAAAGUAGAUAUAAGUACUCAAUCUAUUUAAAUUUCAUCAAUAGCAGUAUAAUCGGUUAGUGCUUUAUUAUUUUAAUCAAGUGGUUCUUUUCUCUACUCAAUUCAAAUGUAAUAGCUAAUCGGAAAUAUGAAAUUAGCAGGUGAUUUUAAAGUGGUAAGCUUAGGUUUUACCUUCCUAGAAUAAUCCUAUUAAAUGAAUUUUAUAAAUUUAAUUCCAAGCCCACUAAAUCUUGAAACUUAAAAUGAUAAUAAUUAGAAUAAUAAUUAAAAAAAGCUAUAGUCGAAGAGAAGCUUAAGUGGAUCUGAUGUAUCUUCAAGCAAUAUAAAAUCAAUAAGAUCUUAAAAUCUGAGUAAAAUUUUCUUAAACAACAUAAUUAUUUAUGUGAUAAUAAUUGGAAUAGCUGUUACAAUAUUAGCAAUCUGUAAAUUACUUAAAAGUAAAUUCUAAAUAUGUGAAACAGUUGACAGUAGAAAUAGGUCAUACAUGAUAAGGUUACAACUUAUCUUUUCAAAUUUCAUUUUGAUUUCUACCUUUAACUCUCUAAAAAAUGCUGAGUUUUCAACUGAAGCUUAGAUUUUAAGCUUUGUAUUUUCCAUAAUUUACUUAAUGUGCUACAUUUUGUUCUUGAUAUUCUUUUACUUGAAAGUAAGCACUUUUAAGAAGCUAGCUGAUAUGAAUCAAGUCAAUUAAUAUUAUGUAUUUGUAGAAAAUCUAAAUUUAGAAAACCGCUUUUAGAAAUAUUUUUGGCUAUUUUUUGAAAUGAAAAAAAUAUUAAAUUUGUUGUUUAUUUCAUUUAUAAGCAUCCCUGGCAUAUCAUUAUCUCUAAUAUUAUUAUUGAAUUUAUUGUUUUUAGGAUACAUGAUUAAGUAUAAACCUGUUUUAGUGUUGCAUGAAUAAAGGUAUUACUAUACUUUAGAAAUGUUAUAGAUUCUCAUAAAUUUGUUUGUACUUUUAACUGCAAUAUACAAUAAAGAGUAAUUAGCUUGGUGUGUAAUUGCUUUCAUGGGAAUAAUGUUUAUAAUAAAUGUAUUGUAUGCUUUCUUUUAAAUCUACAAGAUUAUUAAAAUUAAAUGGUUCAAGGAAAGAUUUAUAGUUUCAAAAACUACUUUUUAUGAAGAAGAACUAAGAAAAAGCAAAUUUGAAUCUGUAAGCAAAAGCAAGUUAAAAAUUAAAAUCUUAAAAAGUUAGCAAACAUCAAGGCAAGAAGAUUUAACAAAUCGUUCUACAAUUAGCGACUCUAGGACAGUAGAAUACUUAGAUAAUAUUCAUCAACUCUCUAUAAAAUGGAAUAAAAAUCCAUUUUAUACAAGGCAAACAUUAUUUAAUGAUAAUUUCAAAUUAUGA